AUUUGCAGAUUGAAUUUCACUUUGAAGGGUAUUGUUUCUGCUUAAUCACAUCAAAAGGGAAAAGGGAGAGAAUCAAGCCCUUUGUUGAGCACAAUGAGUGCAGUUCACAUUUGUCUUAGCUAUUCAAUUUCUCAAUCAUCUCACAAAGUUAUUAGGAAAGUUUUCAAUUUGGAGAGAGAAAGCAUAUUGUUGGGAGGAAGACCAGUUAUUCAAAUUAAUUGCAGGAGGGCUGUGAAUGCAUGUCUUAAUGUUGAUGUUGAUGCUACUAAUGCUGGUAAGAUAGCAUUGGAGAAGACUAAGGCAGUGAUUGAAAUGGAAGGGAAGUUUUUGGUGGGGACAUAUGCAAGAGCACCGGUGGUGCUUGAGAGGGGGAAAGGUUGUAAGUUGUAUGAUGUUGAAGGUCGAGAAUAUUUAGAUCUGAGUGCUGGGAUUGCUGUCAAUGCACUAGGGCAUGUGGAUGCAGACUGGUUGAAAGCUGUUGUAGAACAAGCUGGUACCCUUACUCAUACCAGCAAUGUUUUCUACUCAAUACCUCAGGUGGAACUUGCAAAGCGUCUAGUGGCUUGUUCUUUUGCUGACCGUGUAUUCUUUACGAACUCUGGAACUGAAGCAAAUGAAGCAGCUAUAAAAUUUGCAAGAAAGUAUCAAAGACACACAAGUAGUAAUGGGAAAGUGCCAGCACCAGAGUUUAUAGCUUUUAGUAAUUGCUUCCAUGGGAGAACCCUUGGUGCACUUGCUUUGACUAGUAAAGAGCAUUACAGAGCACCUUUUGAACCUGUUAUGCCUGGAGUGACCUUUUUAGAGUAUGGAAAUGCACAGGCCGCAAUAGAAUUAAUUAAGCAAGGAAAGAUUGCUGCAGUUUUUGUGGAACCCAUCCAAGGAGAAGGUGGAAUUUACAGUGCCACAAAAGAAUUUCUAGAAUCUCUACGAAAUGCUUGUGAUGAAACUGGGGCACUUCUUGUGUUUGAUGAGGUACAAUGCGGUUUAGGCCGAACAGGGUUUCUUUGGGCCCAUGAGGCAUAUGGUGUCUUCCCAGAUAUGAUGACCCUUGCAAAGCCUCUUGCUGGAGGUCUACCUAUUGGAGUAGUCCUAGUGACAGAGAGAAUUGCUUCUGCUAUAAAUUAUGGCGACCAUGGAAGCACUUUUGCUGGAAAUCUUCUUGUUUGUAGUGCUGCUCUUGCUGUUUUGGAUAAAAUAUCAAAAGCAGAUUUCUUGUCUGCUGUAUCAAAGAAAGGCCUCUACUUCAAAGAGUUACUUAAGCAGAAGUUAGGAGGAAACCGACACGUGAAAGAGAUUCGCGGCCUUGGGCUAAUUAUAGGAAUUGAUUUAGAUGUAUCUGCCUCACCCCUUGUAGAGGCAUGCAGAAAUUCUGGCCUUUUAAUAUUAACUGCCGGAAAAGGAAAUGUUGUUAGGCUUGUUCCACCAUUAAUCAUAAGAGAGCAGGAGCUUGAACAAGCUGCUGAUAUUUUGUGCCAAACUUUAUCAGUUCUUGAUGAGAAUAAUCAAAACUAGGAGUGUAGGAGAAAGAGGAUUGCCCUCUUACUUGCAAGUAGAACUUAUUUGGUUGUGUUGUUGUUGACUUAGCUGAAAGUCUUGGAUGACCAAACCUUGAACUAUAAUUGCCUGAAGAUGUUGUAGCCAUGGUAAUAAAAUUGUAGCAAGGCUGUACCAUAUUUUGUGAAUAAUGUGUGGCUG